GCUCAGUGGUUUGGGUGUUACUAUGGAUAACAUAGUAACAUGCCACGUCUUUGGCAGAACGUCUUGGUUUGUUGCAAGCUUUUCGUCAAGUAAAUAUGAAGUGAACCGCAUUUUAGUCGCUAUCAUAACCGGAUUAUUAAUAUUUCCAACCGUUUUACUGAACCUGAUAGCAAUGCUAACAAUUCUGAAAUCAACUGUACUGAAGAAAAAGAUUUGUUAUUUUCUUAUACUCAUUCAAUCUGUCGUUGAUUUGGGAGUUGGUUGUAUAGGAACACCGUUAUCGUUGUUCCACCUGAUCAUUCCGUUCCUGGAUUAUAUGAAUUGCUAUGCGAUCUUCACAACCAUGCCGUUGUCUUUUUUACCUACUGGAUUUUCGAUAAUAACAUUAUUCGUUAUGUCGAUUGAGCGAUACAUCGGCGUGCUGCAUCCGUAUUCCUAUACGACCUUACUGACAAAGAAAAGGGUUUUGUGCGUGAUUCAAUGUGGCUUUAUGCUAGUUCUAUCUGUAGUUGUGGUGAGUUUUUGGUUCAAUAUAAUCGGAAUCUUUGUGUCGGUCACUGUUCCAGCACUAAUCAUUUUAACAUCGUUUGUGUUCACGAAAAUCUACUUGGAGAUGAAAAGGCUUCUGCGUUCCGAAGUUAGGCCUUGUGUAAACGGAAGCGUCGAGCAUAUAUCAAAGAUGAAAUUAUUUCUUCGUGAAGUGAAACAUGCAAAAUCUUGCUUUCUUGUUGUUGUUGUUUUUUUGAUCACCUUGGCACCAUCUUCGUUUUAUCCGAUAUUCCUUUUGUGGUAUGGUCCGAGUUUAGAGAGCGAUGCUUAUUUCUCUUGGAUUAUAGUGUUCGCCACAUUGAACUCUUGCCUAAAUUCUGUUAUAUUUUUCUGGAACUCAUCCGUGUUGAGAAAGGAAGCUGUAAAUGUUUUAAAAGCGUUCCACUGUUGUUCAUCACAUACCAGUUAUUAGAAAUCAAGUAUUUUAGUGAUAACAUAGGGCGUAUAACUUGAUCCUACUCAUCACAGAUAUCUUAUAGUUAUGAAAGAACAAACAAUAUGCAAGAUGUCGACUAUCGUGUACAGACGUUUCUCAUAAUUAAACAUAAUUCGCAUAGAAAAAUUGUAUGUAGUUUCUGUGACUGUGUUCAAGCUGGGAUAGGAUAAUAGAAGCCUCGUUUUUUAGGUUUCAGAAAGAUGGUUAUAUAGAUACUGUGAAUUGUGAUAAUAAUUAACACUUAUUUACUGCGAACGUGGGAACAUUAUGUGUUGUGGACCCGAGAACUGUCGAUAUUCGCCGAGUGAAAUGUCGAUGGUCGAUGGUUUUCUGAGUUCUCGGUAAAUACGUUUUUUAUUAUAUAUCACUUGCCAAAGAAAAACCAAACUACAAGGUAAACAACAAAGUGAUUAUUCAUAAAAGACAUAAUUUCAAAUGGAUAAACAGUCUAAAGGUCGCACGUCCAGGUGCGCCGCACGUAAUUAAAGUUGUUAUUUCCCAUGGGAUAAAACCACUGAUAAAAACACUGAAAAACGUUAUCUCGCUCUGCAGAGGGUCGCGCUGGCGACAUCAAAAUUUUGUCACUCUCGCGUGAUUCGCUCUCGACCAAUAAAAUGCUACGAACACCAAACUUUUACAAGUGGUAUAUAAUAAUAUUACUUGUUGCAUGGUCAUGCACUAUAGUGUCUAGUGAGCAGCUAAAGGGCAGCGAAAUAGUUUAAAGUAUGGAGUAGUAAAAGUGUAAAUAAUUCUGUAUUACCAUACUUUCAUCUUGCUUCAUUUUUGAAAUAUAUUCAAUUUCCCACUACAUUUUGGAUUGUCGUGAUGCAUUUUUCGUCACAAGCAGGGCCAUGCAGGCCACUCUUUGAUACGGCUAACUUCCUAUUUCACUUAAGACAACCCAAAACAACGAUAUUUACUUUACCGAAGAUGUGAAGUGUGAUAGACUUUCAGUUUUAAAUGCUGUCCUUCACUUCACUUUCGAUGUGUUAUUUAAAAAUGUCACCUUCAGUAAUAAAAAAGGUGAUUGUUCAUUUUCACUUUUCACAUACACAUUUCCUUAA